CUAAUAAUAGUUUUAUCAGGGACAGAUGUGGUAGGCAUGUCCAUGGCUCCUAUCCCACUCUGUCUUCACCUCCACCCCUUCCAUCUUUUCUCCCAUUCCAGCCUCUGGCUACCUGGGACAUGUUGUCUCUGUCACUGCGGAAAUUAUUACAGCCCUUGUGCCUCAGGGCUCCAGGACGCAUGGGGCGACAGGGGCAAAUUGUUGGGGAGUUGCUCAGACGAGGCCUAUCUGAUGCUGGCCAGUGGACAGGACAGGAGAGCUUGGCCCUGGAUGACCCAGAGAUGUGGAGUCUCCUCCAGCAAGAGAAGGACAGACAGUGUCGGGGACUGGAGCUUAUCGCAUCAGAGAACUUCUGUAGCCGCGCUGCUCUGGAGGCCCAAGGCUCGUGUCUGAACAACAAAUACUCAGAGGGUUACCCAGGACAAAGGUACUAUGGUGGUGCUGAGGUAGUGGAUCAGAUUGAGUUGCUGUGCCAGAGCCGGGCGCUCGCUGCCUUCAGUCUGGAUCCAGGUUUGUGGGGUGUCAAUGUCCAACCCUAUUCUGGAUCCCCGGCCAACUUUGCAGCCUACACCUCCGUACUGCAGCCCCAUGAUCGCAUCAUGGGUCUGGAUCUGCCCGAUGGAGGACACUUAACCCAUGGUUACAUGACUGAUACCAAGAGGAUCUCAGCCACUUCCAUCUACUUUGAAUCGAUGCCCUACAAACUGGAUCCUAAGACGGGUCUGAUAGACUAUGACCAGCUGGAGAAAACAGCCCAUCUCUUCAGACCAAAGCUCAUCAUAGCUGGAACCAGCGCUUAUGCCCGCCUCAUCGACUAUGCUCGCAUGAAGACGCUGUGUGUGGAGCUGAAUGCAUACCUGCUGGCAGACAUGGCCCAUAUCAGCGGCCUGGUGGCAGCUGGAGCAGUUCCAUCCCCUUUCCAGCAUGCUGACCUGGUGACCACCACCACCCACAAGUCCUUGCGUGGAGCUAGGGCAGGUCUGAUCUUCUACAGGAAGGGAGUGAGGUCAGUGGACAAGAAAGGUCGGGAAGUGACCUAUGACCUUCAGAACAAGGUCAACUUUGCCGUUUUCCCGUCACUGCAGGGAGGCCCUCACAACCAUGCCAUCGCAGGCGUAGCUGUUGCCCUCAAACAGGCUUCCACUCCCAUGUUCAAACAGUACAUUGCUCAGGUCCUACUCAAUGCCAAGGCCAUGGCUGAUGCCUUGCUGAAGAAAGAUUUCACCCUUGUGUCAGGUGGAACAGACAACCACCUGGUCUUGGUUGACCUCCGACCCCGCGGCAUGGAUGGAGCUCGGGCAGAGAGGGUCCUGGAGCUGGUGUCGAUUACCGCCAACAAGAACACCUGCCCUGGGGACAAGAGUGCCCUAACCCCUGGAGGACUCAGGCUUGGAGCUCCUGCCCUAACCUCCAGACAGUUUAAGGAGGCUGACUUCGAGCGGGUGGUGGACUUCAUCGAUGAGGGAAUCCACAUCGCACUGGAUGUAAAGAGGAAGACUGGCAACCUGGCCAGUUUCAAGUCUUUCUUGCUGGAGGACUCUGAGACAGUGAAGCGCAUCACGGACCUCCGCCAGCGGGUGGAGACAUUCGCUAGACCCUUCCCGAUGCCGGGCUUCACAGACCACUGAUGUGUCUAUAGAAGUAGACUGGCUAGAGAGAGGAUGCUGUAGUAUGUCUUUGUAGCAUCCUGCUGCUGUCAUGUUCAGUACAGUUGGACCAGUGGAGUGUUAAAGUAGAGAUUACGUCAUACUAUAUUUUAUUGAUCCCAGGAGGGAAAUGCUGUUUUUGCCUGCUCCCCUCUAUGUGUAGAUCAGACGACAUCGACAGCAGCCUUGCGCAUGGAGCUCUCAGGAAUUCAGUCCAGCGCUUUGCUCAAAGGCACAUCAACAGUGUGAAUGCUUGCCUAUGAUCAUUUUUACUUGCGCGCCACUACCCUUAUUAUGAGAGUAAUCAAGGCAAUAUUUGGAUUAAAGUAUUUAAUCUGUUCAAAAUGACACAGUUUCUCUUAAUACUUAGGUAUACAUGGAUUCCUUAUGAGUCCAAAGUCUGCAGUCUAAGGUUUUUAUAUUGUACUAUAAAAAAGCAGUUGUCUUGCCCUGGAGACCUUCACAUGCACAGAUUCAAAAAGCCCAAAGAAGCCCAACCAAGGCAUUUCCAUGCACUGAUAAAUUGAAAGAGUGAGCAAAACUCAAGGUGUAUUGAACAUGUUAUGGUUUUCCCUAUUUUGACCUCACCCUGACAGAGAUAAACAUAUCACUCUAUGGCCACCAUUGUCAGUGAUUCAGCCAAACUGGUAACAACAUAAAAAGGAGUGUAUCUUAAGGAAAAAGCCUUUUGUGUCUGUUUCCGUUUUGUCUUCCACAUUUUCCACACAUUCCACAUUUUCCAGUUUCUUGCGAGGACAGCUUUCCCAAGCCUGAAACCAAAAGGGACCCCUAAGUGUCUCAGCUAUGUGGCACUUUUCACCCCAUAGCCAUUUGCAGGGCCUUAACGUCAGACUUGGUCCCAGGGCCCCAGGGCCCCAGGAAGUGUACUGUGGCUCUGUAGGACAUGCAACACAUUCAUUUUACACUCGCCAAACUGUAAGCCCAAAAGGAAAGAGCACCAAAUUUUCCAGAGAAUUCAAUUAUAUUUUCUAAAAUGUACUUUUGUUUUCCUUUAUUUACGUUUCAAUUCAGUUGUCAGUUUAAUGUAUGUUGUAAUUCAAAGCUUUAUGAGAACUGCCUUAAACCUUUCAGUAAAUAAAUAG